UUUAGGCUGCCAUUAACCCCGGAAGAAGAAGAAGAAGACGCGAAGAAGAACAAGAAGAAGCAGUAGUCGACCGUCAAAAUAUUCAAGAUGCUUUUCACGAGGGUGUUACAAACGGUGGGACUGAGACUGACAUUCAACAGAUCUAUCCACCACAGUGCUGCAUGGAGAAGUCCUCUUAUACCCAUAGUCAUCGAGCAAACGGGCAGAGGAGAACGAGCUUAUGACAUCUAUUCUCGCCUACUAAGAGAGAGAAUCAUUUGCGUCAUGGGUCCUAUUGAUGACUCUGUGGCCAGCCUGGUUAUUGCCCAACUGCUUUUUCUUCAGUCAGAGAGCAACAACAAACCAAUUCACAUGUACAUCAACAGCCCUGGUGGUGUGGUGACAGCUGGCCUAGCCAUUUAUGACACAAUGCAGUAUAUCCUUAAUCCCAUCUCCACUUGGUGUGUUGGCCAAGCAGCCAGCAUGGGUAGCUUGCUGCUUGCAGCAGGGACGACAGGCAUGAGGCAUUCCUUACCCAACGCUCGCAUCAUGGUCCACCAGCCAUCUGGAGGUGCCAGGGGUCAGGCCACUGACAUUGCCAUCCAGGCUGAGGAGAUCCUGAAAUUAAAGAAACAAAUCAACAAUAUCUAUGCCAAACACACUGGGCAACCGCUAGAAACCAUCGAAAAUGUGAUGGAAAGGGAUCGUUAUAUGAGCCCCAUGGAAGCCCAGGACUUUGGCCUUGUUGACCGUGUUCUGGUCCACCCCCCUCAAGCUGGGCAAGAUGAGCCUGAACUGGUUCAGAAAGAGACUGCAACAGCAGCCAGUCCCUCAGCUGCCCUCCAGUCUCCAGCUCUCCAGAAUGCCUCCCCUGGGACAAUGCCUCCCUCCUCACAUAAGCCAGAACCAUAAAUUACCAAAGCAGAGUUGUGAAUAUUAAUAUUCAUAUUCAUAUUUUUAAUAAACAAUUUGACUGUAAACUGUUCUCUGCUGAUUUGCAGUAGAGGCUCAUGAAGUUGCCAGAAAGAGAGGUGAUCUUUGUUGUUCCAAAUAAAAAUAAUAUAUUUUUUAAAGUAAUUAUUUUAGCAGCUAGAAACUAUCAUAAAGCCCCCUCUGGACCCAACAUCUGUGGGGGUAAACAUUCGGAUUUGGUGGGCUGGGUGAGAGUCGAGGACGAGCACCUGAGUGAGCUGGUCUGCCAAAUCUGGUUCUUGGGCCAUGAAACGUCACCUCCCUGGCGGGAAGGAGCCUCAAGUUGUACGAGAGGUUGACCCAACCUUCUAGGGUCCUUGGAGGGACGUGACUGGGAGGAAUGGCCUCCCCGCCUUAAACCUGGUGGUGUUAUGUUGGAUUAGAUGGCGUGGUAGGAUGCCGGACAGACGUGGCAGACCCAAGGCUAUAGCGAGGGUGAGACGCUUGGCAGAGUGUCGUUUGUCAAGUCUUCAACUCAAAGGACGAGGACAUUCAGUCAGAAUGCGCCAUCAUUCUGUGCCUUUGUUGCUGAGGUGGGCUGCACUAAAAAAACUAAUUGUAUGAAUCGGUUGAAACCAGUUUUUCAAAAAGCAUAAGCACCUUACAUCGUUGUGUUUGACUGUUUUAAAAAUAGGCUUAACACAGACCAUUAGGUUGGAAACCACAACCCUC